CACCCGCCGAGACCCGAGCAGGUUUCUUCACUUGCAGUACUCACUGCUCUACUCAAUUCUCCUACGACUCUCCCCCAUCACAACUUCAGAAGAAGCAAAAUGGCCACACCGCAAAACUUCCACGUCGUCACCUCGCCGACGCACUUCCAAGAGCUGCUCUCGCAAGACCUCUCGCGCGUCUCGCUCAUCAACUUCUGGGCGCCGUGGGCCGCGCCCUGCGCGCAGAUGAACGACGUCGUGCUCGAGCUCGCGCGGCGGCACCCCGCGCUGCUCGUGCUGCAGGUCGAGGCGGAGGAGCAGCCCGACAUCGCCGAGUCGUUCGAGGUCGAGGCCGUGCCCGCCUUCGUCGUCCUCCGCGGGCACACGCUGCUCGCGCGCGUGUCCGGCGCGGACGCGCCCGCGCUCACGAAUGCGAUUGCGGCGCACCUAAGGCCUGCGAGUGUGCAGCCGAAGGCGCAGAGCGAUGCGCUGCCGGCGCCGCCGGAGGGGGAGACGCCGGCGCAGCUGGAGGAGAGGCUGAGGGGGCUGAUGAACCAGCAGAGGGUGAUGCUGUUUAUGAAGGGCACGCCGGAUGCGCCGCGGUGUGGGUUCUCGAGGAAGACGGUGGGGAUCCUGCGGGAUCACGGGGUCCAGUUCGGGAGCUUUGAUAUCCUGAGCGACGAGAGCGUCCGGCAGGGCUUGAAGGUCGUGAACAACUGGCCGACGUUCCCCCAGCUCAUUGUGAACGGCGAGUUUGUGGGCGGUCUGGAUAUCAUUCAGGAGAUGAUCGAGAACGGCGAGUUCGAGGACAUUGUGGUGAAGGGGCAGUAAGCUUGUCUUCGGGGAGGAUUAUCACGUGCGAGGUCUGGGUACACCUCAUACGCGUAGAAGACAGGAGCAGUCAUAGGUGAUGUGCCUCGCUUUGUAUCUUUUCUUGGUUUUGGUUCGCGCUGUAAAGUUAUCGGAUAUUCUCGUAUAAUAUACACUUCUUCCUCUCCUUUCCGACCCCCGACCUGUAUCUCCGCGUUCUGUG